CAUUUUUGAUCAAACCAUCUCUCGCCAAAGCCAAUUUCUUCCAGCGUCCACCAUGAGCUUCUUCACUCAGAUCACAGAUGCCCUGAACUUGUGCUCUGGGGAGGGUGACGUUGUGCGAAAGGUUCGUACGACUGCAGACCCACCUAUGGCACCUGAGGAUGCCCUGGAGCUGUUGAAGGAGGGCAACAGUCGAUUCGUGGCAGGACGACCCUUGGGUUCCAAGACUCAAAACGUCCAACGGCACCAAUUGGUGGAUGAAGGCCAGGCACCCCACACCGCCAUCAUCGGUUGCGCCGAUUCGCGCGCGCCCCUCGAGACUAUCUUUGAUGCUAUGCCAGGUGACAUCUUUGUGCUGCGCAAUGCCGGCAACACUUGUACCCACGCAGAGGGUAGCAUGAUUGGUUCGCUGGAAUUCUGCACCGGCAAGCUGGGGAGCCGCCUGAUUUUGGUGCUGGGCCAUACCAAAUGCGGAGCCAUCUACGGCGCAACCAAGACCUUCUUGGAUGCCCAGCAGGCACAGGAGCAGCCGAAAAAGGCCGGCUCUGCUUUGGAGGGUCUGCUGAAAGACCUUGGCACUGUGGCCCAACAAGCAGCAGAAGAGAAAGGACCUGGUGCAAGCUCGGAUGAAGUGGCAGCACAUGCCGUCAAGGUGAACGUCUUCCACAGCAUGAAUUUCUUGUUGAAGUUUAGUGACAGCAUCCGAGAGGCUGUCAAGUCUGGACAGGUGCAGCUCCAGGGUGGGAUCUACCAUCUGGAGACGGGAAAGGUUGAAUUCCUUGGAAAGUCUCCUGCCCAAAGAGAACUGCUCGACAGUACCACAUCCAUUCCUCCUUCCAUGACUGCCAUGGUGAAAGAAAGUCGUGGACUCCAUGGUGUGCGCACCGCUGCUGACGAGCGCGUUCCAUCGGAUGCGGCUUUGAAGAUGUUGAAGGCCGGCAACGAGCGUUUCGCCACCGGUGCGGUGACGGCCGGCACCACCUCCAGCGAGAUGAGGAAGGCCCUGGUGAAGUACAACCAAGCGCCUCACAGUGCCAUCAUCGGAUGCGCCGAUUCACGUGUCCCGGUGGACACCGUCUUCGAUGCCACGCCCGGAGAGUUGUUUGUGUUGAGAAACGCGGGCAACACUUGUACCCACGCAGAGGGUAGCAUGGUUGGUUCGCUGGAAUUCUGCACCGGCAAGCUGGGGAGCCGCCUGAUUUUGGUGCUGGGCCACACCCAGUGCGGUGCCAUUGCUGGUGCGACUGCGACCCACCAAGCUGGUGGCGAGGUGAAGGCCCCGGCCUGUGCGCUGGAAGGCCUGCUACAGGGCCUGGCCAAUGUGGCCAAGGAAGCGAGUGAGGACUUGGGCCCAGGAGUGUCCCAAGAGAAGUUGGUGAGCCAUGCCGUGAAGGUGAACGUCUUCAACAGCAUGAAUUUCCUGUUGCAGUUUAGCGAACCCCUUCGUGAGUUGGUGCGCAAGGGUGAGCUGGACAUCCAGGGUGGCAUCUACCACCUGGAGACCGGUCGAGUGGAGUUUCUGGGUCGUUCUCCCCGACAAGACGAGCUGCUUUCCUCCAAGGUGACCCUUCCACCCUCCAUGGCCAUCGGUGCAUUCCGCACCACUGAGGAUGGAAUCUUGGAACCCAAGGUGGCUUUGAAGAUGCUGAAGGAUGGCAAUCAGCGUUUCGUCUCCGGUGUCCCAGUUCUUGGAAAGGUUGACCGCCACGUGCGCGAAGCACUGGCCACGAAGGGCCAGGCGCCCCAUACCGCUGUGGUGGGCUGUGCCGAUUCGCGUGUGCCACUGGAAACGGUCUUUGAUGCCUUGCCAGGAGACCUUUUUUGUCUUCGCAAUGCUGGCAACACCUGUACUCAUGCUGAAGGCUCCAUCCUUGGCAGCUUGGAAUUCUGCACUGGGGCUCUGAACACUCGGCUGAUCUUUGUCUUGGGCCACACCGCCUGCGGAGCUCUCAAGGGAGCGACUGCGGCUUACCUUUCGCAGGGAGAGAAGAAAGCCAAUCACGCCCUGGACGUGUUGCUGAACGAGUUGGGCACCGUGGUGUCUGAGGCUCAGAGUCAAUGUGGCAAGAAGGCCACCGCCGAUGAGAUCGCCAACAAGGCCAUCAGGCUGAACGUCUUCCACACCAUGAAUUUCAUGUUGAAGCACUGCGAAGCCAUCCGCGAGAAGGUGCGCAGUGGCCACUUGGAGAUCCAGGGCGGCAUCUACGAUUUGAGCACUGGGAAGGUGGAGUUCCUGGGACGAAGUCCACAGGAGGCGAAGUUGGUCAAGGGCAGCGGCAGCGUGGCACCCUCUCUGAAGCAGAAGAUUGGUGGGUAUGCUGGCUGCCGUGGCUAUAUGCUGUCACCGAGCUUUCUCCACCGGCUGAAGACUCUCUUGCCGACCUUGCAGGUUCAGCCGAGCGAUCAGCUGUUGGCUCGUCUUCACCGCCUUGCCAUGGAUCACAGUCAACGUCCGGUCGCAUGUGCUCAGAUGGUGACAGGUUCAUCCAUCCACCAAAGUGCACCAUGUCCUUCAACUUCGUUGCAUCCCGGCAGGUGCCACUCUGGAGUCAAGGUGGUUGUCAUCACCCUGGCACAUCGUGGAGACCGGCGUGUCGAUCCAUUGGUCGGUGGACCAUCAGCUCUCAAAGCGAUGCGAGAAGCAGGCUUUGAUGUGGAAGUGUUGAGAGCGUCUUGCUAUUGCGAGCGAGAUGCUGUGGAUCAGUACGGCCGAUUGCCCUGUUUCUUCGAUCACAAGCACUGGGGUUACUUCCAACGUUAUGAAGGGGCCGCCAGAGCCUUGGACUCGGAGGAGGAAGAAGACUUGCUGGAGUAUUUGAACGACAACUACGAGCAUGGGGCAGAACGCUUGGCUGAUCCAGAAGAUGGAGAUCUGGCAGGUUAUCUACGAGAUACCAACUGGCCAGGUGCCACGAGCUGUGCCAUGAGUCACAUCCGGGGCCUCAUCAAAGCUGCUUUGGAGGGAUAUGAGUUUGCCCUGGUCUUUGAAGAUGAUGCCGUGAUCCCUACAUCUGUUGCAACAACAAGGGGAUGGUGUGAAGCGUGCGAAGGGCAACUUUGCUUUUGUCCCAGUGCCUGGGCAUUUUGCGUCCAAGAGGCUGUGGAUUUGAUGAGACGCGCGCCUCAGCUGGAUUUGCUCUAUUUGGGUGUAGGGGAGGCGUUUGAGCCUCCUGGACCGCACGGGGGGAUACUGGCAGAGGAAAGCGAUGACGAUCUUGGAGGUGUCACGGAGAUGGGCUACACUUGGUGCGCGGAGGCAAUCCUCUAUGCAAGAUCUGCCUUGGAGGAUGUCCUUGCCUUGAAAUUGCACGAACGCAUAUGGGCACAGGACGAAACAAUUCCUCACUUGUACAGUCAGAAGCCGUGGAAUCCUCGUUUCAUGGAGUCUCUGAAAAGCGUUGGCUUCAAACGGCGUUGGUUGGCUGGAGCGCCUGCAGAUGACGUAGAAGAGGGUUGGAUCCAGCAGUUGGAGUUCUUCAAGGAGGAGUUGAACAGCACACAGCUAGCCUCCGCGUGGCGCUCGUCCAAUUCCUCGGAGCACGGGGGCAUGGGUCAGAUAUGCUCUGUGAGCCUUGGAGAGAAGGUUCAGGUUGCUAGUGACACACCUCAAAAACCUGCGCGUCCAAGCGCAGUGCUCCGUCUGAAGCAGCUGCACGAGGCUUGCCGCAACAGCGACCUUGUUUCCAUCAAGAAGAGCAUCCAGGAGGGUGCCUCCAUCAAUGCCUUUGACGAGUCUGGCUGGACUGCUCUACAUUACAGUGCCUAUGCAGGAUCUGCUGAGGCAACGCGUCUUCUGCUGGAAAGUCAAGGGGACUGCAAUGCAGUGUUGCCGGACCUCUCGACUCCGCUGAUGCUUGCUGUUGACGAGGCCCAUCUGUCUGUGGCAAAGUUGCUCCUACAGUAUGGCGCCUUGUCCAAGUGCAAGGACGAGGAUGGAUUUACUGCGUUGGCACGGUGUGAUCCGAGUGUAAAGGAAGAGUUCAGGAUAUUGAUAUCGGGCAGUGGAUCCGAGUCUUGA